AUGAUUUUUCGACUUCUUGUUUCCAUUAUCUUCGUUUUUAUCACCGCCAAUCUCGCUCAAGUCCCCACCAACGUACGAAUCGUUGCUACUGAUAAAGACUUCAUCCGCUUAUCAUGGUCUAAACCUGAUCGUACACCAGCAGUUCAUGGCUAUACCAUCAAAUAUCGUCCCAUUCAUUCGAAUCAAUCAUGGAUUGUUCGACAAACUGAUGCAACGCAAAUUCUUCUAAACGAACUUCGUCCAAUUACAAAAUAUGAAAUUAUUCUACAAGCGUAUGCAAAUUCCUCCUAUACAGACUCAUCAGGACCAUCAACGCGCAUUGAAGCGAUCACAGAUGAAACAGGUAAUUUCCUGUUCAGUGGUUUUAUUUCUGUCUAG